CCUCAAUCCGGCAGAAUCGCUCCCAACAAGCGUCCGCCGCACAAAUUGCAACCACCCAAAAUGCUCACCCGAGCCAUUCUUCUCCCGCUACGGCGAACCGUUUUCAUCCCGCGCCUCCUCCCCACCACCACCCACUCAAACCUCCACAUCCAAUCGCGACCGAUACGGCCCUCAAUCACCACCCUCACAUCCCGCCUCUCUGCCCUCCGAAUAUCACCGUCCUGCUUCGGGGUGCGACAAACGCAGAUCCGCGGCAUGAAAGUCCGGAGUUCGGUGAAGAAGCUCUGUGAUGGCUGCAAGAGCGUGCGCAGGAAGAAGGGAAAGUAUGUGUAUAUUAUUUGUAGUAAGAAUCCGAAACAUAAGCAGAGACAAGGUUGAUUGUACUGGGUGAUGUGUAUGGGCUAGAUGGGAAGGUCUUGGGAGGGGUGAAGAAUCCGUGAUGCAAUUGCGGGAAUGGCGGUGGGAGGAGUGUAUCAUAUCUGUAUACCAGGCAUUGAUGGUGUUGGAGGGAGCAUGGGGUGGGUGCUGCUGCAUCGACUCUCUGCUACACAUAUCCGGAGUGGCC